GAAAGCAGCAGAAUUCCUCACCCUGAAGUUUGAAUCUAUUUACACCCACCCUAAUUCAACAAUUCAACAACCCCAAGCCCCUAGACAGCCAAAACAUACCACUAAGUGGAAGCUACCCCACCUUUUUGGUGAGAAGAUCAUGACAAAUAGAGUCCUUCCACUUGGAUUUACAUCCAUCAAAAAUCCCCCAAACCCAAACAGAAAGUGCGAUUUGAUCAGCUGCGAAAGAGUUAACCCUCUCUGGAACGUUUUCCGCGGAUGUGGCCAUUCAUUUCAUAUCGAAUGCCUUCUGCCAAAUAUUAGCAAUUGCCCUGUUUGUGAAGCAACGUUGCUGUCGAGUGUUCAAGAUCUCGGUACGACUGCAAAUAAUGCUGUAUUUACUCCAGCGACCUACUUUGAACCCAGUGAAGAUGAAAACGAUGAGCAGAGCGACGACAGUGAUAGCGAUGUUGGAGAGACCGAAGACGAACAGAAUAAAACAACUGUGGACGAACUGCUGCGAAAAAUAAACCUUUGGCAAAGGCCAUCCUCUGCAUUGCUGUGAAAGGCAGAAAUCGCAAGGGUAA